ACUUCUGAACGUGUACUGACAACUCACAACUGUCAUGUCAAUUUCCUCUGGAAAUUGUUUGUGUUGAUUCAGAGGUUUCUCGCCGAUUUAUUACCUAAAAGUGUAUAAAAGUUAAUAGAGUAAACCGUUACAAAUUUUAAUUACUAAAGCACUUAAAAAUGAGUGCGUUAUUCAAUUUUCAAAGCCUGCUGUCAGUAAUACUGCUGCUAAUAUGCACCUGUGCAUAUUUGAGAUCAUUCUUCCCUAGUAUAAUGGAUAGAAAUAAGACUGGGUUUAUGGGAACCUUCUGGAAAUGUGCAAGAAUUGGUGAACGUAAAUCUCCAUAUGUUGCUGUGUGUUGUGUGAUAAUGGCAUUUUCCAUACUGUUUCUCACCUAAAUAAGAUUUAGUGCCUAUUGUUGUAAAUAAAAUAUAUACUUAAUACUCUCCAGACAGCAAAACAUUAAAAAUAUUGUUGCAUUUCUAUUCUAUACAAUAUUUUGUAGUUUCAAUACAACCAUCUGCUAAGCAAGUAUAACUAAUUUAUAAUUUUGCUGUUUGGUGAAACCACAGAAGAAUCAGUUAUUUUAUAAAAUCCAAUAUAAAAAUAAAAAACCUAAAGUAUU